GCCCGACUCUGAUUGGUCGUUUUCGCCGCAGACGUAACACAGCAUCCGGUUUUGUAACACGUUCAAUGUGGUUGUUAUAAAACACAAGUUUUUAUAGUAAACACACACCUCACAGACGGACCGAGCAGGAUCUGUCGCUCUCUCAGGGAAUAAUCGAGAUUUCUCCGGCAUGGCUCACACAUGUGUCCACUGGUUCCGCAAGGGACUCAGGCUGCAUGACAACCCAGCGCUGAUGGCUGCUCUCAGGGACUGUAAGGAGCUCUACCCGGUCUUCGUGCUGGACCCAAACCUCCACAACAGGACCUGUGUGGGCAUCAACCGCUGGAGGUUCCUCAUCGGAGCCCUCAAAGACCUGGACCGCAGCCUCAGGAAGCUCAACUCCAGGCUCUUUGUCGUGAGAGGAAAGCCGGAGGAUGUGUUCCCCACGCUGUUCAACGAGUGGAAAGUAACCAAGCUGACCUAUGAGUACGACACGGAGCCCUACAGCGUGAGCCGGGACAAAACCGUCACAGCACUGGCCAAAGAACAUGGAGUGGAAGUCAUCUACAAAGUCUCACACACUCUUUAUGACAUAGACAGGAUCAUUGAGGAGAACAAUGGGAAGCCUCCUCUCACUUAUAACCGCAUGCAGGCGAUAGUGAAGACUCUCGGCCCCCCUAAGAAACCCAUUCCUGCCCCCACCAUGGAGAACAUGAAAGAUGUGCAGACCCCUUGUUCGGAAAACCACAAGAAGAAAUACGGGAUCCCCACGCUGGAGGAGCUCGACCACGACGCUGCAGCUCUCGGAGAGGACAAGUUCCCAGGAGGAGAGCAGGAGGCUCUGAGGAGACUAGAUGAACAUAUGAAGAGAACGGGAUGGGUGUGCGGCUUCGAGAAGCCCCAGACUUCCCCAAACUCCCUGAGCCCCAGCACCACGGUUCUCAGUCCUUAUGUCACUUUCGGCUGCCUGUCUGCUCGGACCUUCUGGUGGAGGCUGACAGACGUCUAUCAGGGGAAGAAGCACUCAGAUCCUCCGGUGUCCCUGCACGGCCAGCUGCUGUGGAGAGAGUUCUUCUACACUGCUAGUGUGGGCAUCCCCAACUUUAACAAGAUGGAGGGCAACUCUGUAUGUACCCAGGUGGACUGGGACACAAACCCCGAAUAUCUGGCUGCAUGGAGAGAGGCUCGAACUGGUUUUCCAUUCAUUGACGCCAUCAUGACUCAGCUGCGGCAGGACGGCUGGAUCCACCACCUGGCCCGACACGCUGUCGCCUGUUUUCUCACCAGGGGGGACCUGUGGAUCAACUGGGAAGAAGGCCAGAGGGUGUUCGAGGAGCUUUUAUUGGAUGGCGACUGGGCUCUGAACGCUGGAAACUGGCAGUGGCUGUCAGCGAGCACCUUCUUCCACCAGUUCUUCAGGGUCUACUCUCCUGUCGCAUUCGGCAAGAAGACAGACAAAAAUGGAGACUACAUCAAAAAGUACCUUCCUCUUCUGAAGAAGUUCCCAGCCCAGUAUAUCUAUGAACCCUGGAAAGCUCCACACAGUGUCCAGCAGGCAGCAGGAUGCAUUGUGGGUAAAGACUACCCGCAUCCUAUCGUACAGCAUGAAGUCAUCAGCAAGACGAACAUCCAGAGGAUGAAGCUGGCUUAUUCCAAGAGAUCGGCAGAUCCUGCAGCAUCACCCAGCAAAAAACAAGGUGUAAAGCGCAAGGCAUCGCCUGUUGUGGACAUGCUGAAGAAGAAAAAUAAAACAAACUAGUGCUUGCACAAGCAGACUUUUAGGUUGAUCAACACCUGUUCAUUAUAACAUAAAUUAAAGCUAUGUGUACAAGUUUCAUUCCACAUAAAUACAAUCCUAUUCCGAAGCUUUUCUCUUUCAGGUCUGGAGGCUUUCUACUUUAUAUUUUUUUACUUUUUAUAUUUAAUCCAUUUCGUUGUUAUAAGUGAACGUAAAUACUGUGUGUUUCGUCACAAGUGUACUCGAAUGUUUCUUGCAUGGAGAUUAAAUCAGAAUUUAUGGAGCCUGAUGGUCUCAACUUGUCUGAAGAUGAGGCAGGUUGUAUCUGCUUCACAAGUUGACCUAUUUAUUAUUACUUGAGGUUCUUUCAUGGGUUAGGUAGGGUUAGGUAGGUAGAGAAUGCUUUACUGUCACAAUCUAGAAAUUCAGUGCUUAUUCUUUGCUCCUUUUAUACUGUACAGUUACCUCUGUUUUUAACCCAACUCAAUAAAAGAAUAUUUCAAAAGUGUA